GCGUCGCUCCAUCAUUACGUCACAAGUCACGUUUCUCAGCGUGCUGACGUGAUCAGCAGACUCUGGAGAAGACAAACAGGAGGAUAAAGUGAAGUGGACCCGUCUACACCAGUAUGGCGAGUGUGCUCUGCAGGAGGGCCAGACAGGUGAGCCGGUCAUUUGCGGUUCACGCACUGGCUCAGAGAAUGGCAAUGUUGAGAGGAUUUUCAGCAGCUGGUUCAUCUGGUUCAGAUGAGCCUUAUAUAGCUUUACCAUCCCAAGACUCAGGUCCUAGAACAGUUUGGCCAGACGAAAUGAUGGGUCCAUUUGGGCCUCAAGACCAGCGCUUCCAGUUGCCGGGCAACGUGGGCUUCGACUGUCAUCUUAAGGGCACAUGGUUACAGAAGAAAGGGCCAGUACAUUGGACCAUCCCGGACGUUCUGUCUGCCCCAUCCAGCAUGGAGCGGCACGAGUUUAUACUCGCCCAGUUUGUUAAUGAAUAUCAGGGUAAAGAAGUUUCUCUCAUGGCACAGCGAGUCAGCAAAGCAGAACACUAUUUUAAUCACUCAAAUGUAGAAUGUUCCAUGCAUUCCUGCCCAGAGCUGCUAAAGAAAGAGUUGGAACUAUUUUUCCCUGCACUUCCUACAAGUCCCAUCACGGUUGUCACGGUAACACAGAGAAAUGAAAUGGUGGAUACAGAGGAAUUGGACAGAGACCACAAACAACUGCUUGAUAAUUUUGUCAGAGGUGCUAAAGAAAUCUGCUUCAUGCUGUGGAGAGGAGGCUAUUGGGCAGAUUUCAUAGACCCGUUAUCGGGGAAAGCUUUUUUCGGAGACCAGACACAGGACUCUAUCCUGCAUGAAGACGUUCACCGUCAUGCUGGCUUUCACAUCGAGGACCUGGCAUCCUGUACGGUGAUACGUCAUGUCUUAAACACACCGUUUGUGUUAACACUGAUCACUAACGCACCUUCCAACAGUCAGAUCAUGGAGAAACUUCAAGGACACUUCAUUGCUUCAGAGCAAGGGGACUGACAGACCUUUUGAAAUUUGCACAGUAUCUCAAACUGUUUCUUAAUUUCACUUAAUUUCGAGAGAUUUGAAUGGAAACUUACCAGUUGUGAUGUUGCGUAAAUGCUGUGAUCUGAUUCCCAAAAUGCACAGCACAAAUGCAGUUUAUUUAUAAAAUGUGAACACUUAAAACUAGCAAUGUCGUAUAACUAACACACAGUAAUACAAACUAUUUCAGACAUACAUGAAAAUGUUAAACCAGGUUUGAAAUCACAUGGUGCUUUACAAAAAUAUCAGCCUUUUUUUUUUUUUCUUCACACCGUUGGUGUUGACUUGAGAGAACGUACUGUUGGUAAAAUAUCAUCUAGAUUCUACGCAAACUGCAAAAAUGUAUGUACAUUAAUUUGGUUAGCUAUGACUUGCAGUGUUUCUGAAAUUCUUGAUGAACUGUGAAUAAAGUUUUUGGUCUCACUCA